AUGGUUCCUUAUCCAAUGCCCUCACCGUCCGUAACCAUGUUGGCUCAAGCCACUGGGCAGGAGCUGGCAGCGGCGGGCCGCCCGUGUCGGGCGGUCGGAGGCGCGCGCAAGGCGGGAGCCGCGGCGUUGGCGGCGAACCCGGCGGCAGCGGCCGCCUAUUGUGCGGUGGUGGCUGCCCUCGACGCGGGCAUCGGCGGCAAGGGGCUGGCCACGCUCGUGGCGGCGGCCACGCGCGGCACCGUGCAGGGCGCGGCAGCGGCUACGGGUCGUGCCUUGGACGACGGCGCCGACAGCGGCAAGGGGAUCGAGACGGAGGUACUCGGGCUCCUGGAGGAGGUCCUGGCCGCUGUGUCCAACGCGGCGGGCCUCAAGGACAAGGCCGGCCUCGGCGAGGCGAAGGAAUCGCUCCGCGAACAGGGCGAUGUUGGCAAGCGGCUUGCCAGCCGCGUCUCGCGCCCCAGCACGGCGAGGAGCUGUCGCGCAUCCCGACGUCGAGCUCGUGGCGGACACUCACGGCAUCACCCCUGGUGGAAACGUGAGCGUCGACGAGCUGGUGAGCGACGCCGUCAGCAUGCAGGACUCUGA